AAUCAGAUGCUAGCGACGGACAACAGUGGGCGGUUCCAUGGAUGUAGCGAGUUUGCAUCGAAGGAAGAAGUUAAAAUAAAAAGGAUUUAAGGGGAAAGUGUGCUGAUGUCUAGCCGCUAACGUCUCACAUUCCAUUUCACACUUACAGGAUUACCCAUAAGGGAUAAGUGUAAUACUCGGAUAAAGGCGAAAUGGAAUGUGUGUGUGCAUAGUUGAUCCCCUGCAUGCGGUCUGAAGAGCUUGUACAGGAGAAGAAGUUUAAACAUGGAUAUGGAAGACUUUCCUCCACCGCCCCCUGAAAUUUUUGCCGAAGACGAAGAUGAUGGCGAAGCAUUUGACUUUGAGGACAGUGAUGGCGAUGCCCCCGAGGCGGAACGAUCACUCCCUACCACCAACAUAGCGGAGCAGUGUCAAGGUGACCUUGUGUGCCAUACAGCCGAGGGUCGCCAAGCUAACCUGGCCCCCCAGAUACCAUCCAGCAUACCUGACACUAAUCCAUCAGCAGAAGUUGUCACAUUCACAGUAGGUGAAGCAGCAUUGGGGGAAGAUGGGACAUCUGCUGCGGAAGGGACUGAUGACAAGGAAAUCGAUUUACCUCUGCCCCCUCCACCUGAUGAUGUUCUGGAAACUGACUCCGGAAGAACAGGAAGUGAAGACCAGCUACACGCCACACCUGUUCCAAAGGGCUCCUCGAAAGUCAACCCUUACUCUGUGAUUGACAUCACUCCGCUCCAGCUGCAGCAGGUCGAGGAGCACGGAACCUCCUCUCCUUCUGAGCCAGGAGAGACCAAGGAGCAAGAAGAAGAAGCCCAGGAUACACAUGGGAGCCCUGGUGGAAUCACCCCAGGCUACUCAGUACCAGUGCCCUGUGGCUAUGCAACCCCCUCUGGUGUACCACUCAUCACACCUGCUUACACAACACCUGUCAUCAUUCGACACUUCUCCGUGGAUGAAGAUGUCACAGUGAUCCGGGCUGAGAACACUUCUGUUGACAGUGUUUUCAAUGAAGAUGUUCCACAUAGCGAGGAGGAUGCUCUGGCAAAAUGGGCAUCAGACCCUGCCAACACUGCAUGGAUGGAAAAUCCAGACGAGGUGAUUUACGAUGACGUGCCGAAGGAGAACUCGGACUCCAACACUGAUGACUUGGAUUUCUUUACUGCUCAUACAGAGCCAGAUGAGAUGAUUUAUGACGACGUGGAGCUCGGUGAGGAAGGAGGUUAUCUUGACAAUGGCUGGAGCUCAAGCGAGUUUGAAAGCUACGACGAGGCCAGCGAUGAAGAGGGGCGCUCCGAGAACGGCUUGCCCAAUGCUUUCAUGAGGGGGAAGCCUUCCCAAAAGAAGACACAUCUCUCUCAAGAUCUGAGUCGCUUGAAAGAACACUAUGAGAAAAAGAUGAAAGAUCUAAUGGCAAAUACAGUGGGAACGGUAGAGCUGCAGCAGCUCAAACAGAAACACGAGCAGAAGAUGCAAAAGUUGGUGAAAGCAGCUAAAGAAGGGACCAAAGAUGGACUUGAGAAAACCAAAGCUGCAGUAAAGAAGGGACGUUCUUUCAUCAAAACCAAGUCUUUUUGUCAUGAGAAAAAGUCCCACUGUUUUGAAGAAGAGGAGUCUGAAUUCUUCAUUGAAGUGGAUUGUUUCAAUGUUGAACCAAUUUUGGGUCCAGCCCCAGAGAGCCUCUCACAGCAACAACUGGUGAGAAGAUGUAUACUGGGAUCUAUACUAGACAGUGAGAAGAACUAUCUGGAUGCACUGAAGAGGAUUUUAGAGCAAUACGAGAAGCCCCUGUCCCAGAUUGAGCCAAAGCUACUGAGUGACAGGAAACUCAAGAUGACUUUCUACAGAGUGCGAGAGAUCCUGCAGUGCCACUUCCUGUUCCAGAUCGCUCUGGCGAGCCGAGUGGCAGAGUGGGACAGCCUGGAGAUGAUUGGGGAUGUUUUUGUAGCCUCGUUCUCCAAGUCAAUGGUGCUGGAUGCCUAUUGUGAAUAUGUGAACAACUUUAGCACGGCAAUGUCAGUGGUCAGGAAGACAUGUGCAUCAAAACCUGGUUUCCUGGAAUUCCUAAAGCAUCGGCAAGAGACGAGCUCUGACCGGAUGACUUUGUAUGGUCUAAUGAUGAAACCAAUCCAGAGGUUUCCACAGUUCAUUCUUCUACUCCAGGACAUGUUAAAAAACACACCUGUGGGACAUGCAGACCGUCUGCCCCUGCAAAUGGCCUUAACAGAACUCGAGACCCUGGCAGAGAAGCUCAAUGAAAAGAAGCGAGAAGCUGACCAGUGCUGUGAGAUCCGUCACAUUGCAAAAGCCAUGAAUGAGCGCUACCUCAACAAGCUUCUGAGUAAUGGCAGCCGUUACCUGAUUCGCUCAGACGACAUGGUGGAGACCGUCUACAAUGAGCGUGGUGAAGUCAUCAAAACAAAGGAGCGCCGCCUUUUCCUCCUCAACGAUGUUCUCAUGUGUGCCACAGCCAACAUUCGGUGCCAGGAUGGCAAUGGGAGUGGCGGAGGAGGUGCCCCAUUAGACCAGCGGUUCCUUCUAAAGUGGAGUGUUCCUUUGAACGUUGUUGAAGUGCUUGAGUUUGGAUCCAGUGAGGACAUGCCCGACAACAACCGCUACCAUGCCCCUCAUUCUGGGGAGAAAGUGGUCAUCAAUGCAAAGCCAAACAAACUCUACAUGGGCCCAGGUCAGCUGUACCAAGAUCUACAGAACCUAAUCCAUGACCUUAGCCUCGUCAACCAGAUCUCUGGAAUGAUCAGCAGCCUCAAAGGAAACUAUCAGAAUGUGAAUCCCACAGUGGCCCAGGAAUGGGUAUCAGGUCUCCAGAGGCUGAUUCUGAAGAAGGAAGAGGAGAUCAGGGCAGCUGACCGCUGUCGGAUCCAACUUCAGCUGCCUGGCAAACAAGACAAGUCGGGUAAAACCACAUUCUUCAGUGCGGUGUUCAAUACCGUCAACCCAGCCAACAAACAGUCAUGGAUCAGUAACUUGCAAAUGGCUAAACUGGCUCUAGAAGAGGACAACCUUCAGGGCUGGUUCUUUGCAGAGGAUGAUGGAAAUCAGCUCAAAAAGCAGAAACAUCCUCUCUUGCUCAAACAGAUGCCUGUAGUCAUGUCUAAAUUGCAAGAGUUCAAGGUGGAGUGUGCAGUCCACAACCCGGAGCCCUACAUCAACACAGAGAGCACAGCAGACACCCCUGCUGUGGGCCACGGUUGUGUCUGGGUUGCAAGUUGCACCAACCAGAUGGGGCAGAUAGCCAUUGUUGCCAUGCAGAGCUGCAGCCCGAAGGUUACAGAGUGCUUUAAUGUGGAGUCCCGUAUCCUCUGCAUGGCCUACAUCCCAGCAGAAAAGCCACAGGAGAAUGAUGCCCAAGAUGACGGGAGAGCCAGUGUUACAGCCACUGUCUGCCUGGGCAUGGAGGAGGGCAGCAUAAUUGUGUAUAAAAGCAGCCAGCGGUCCAAGAAGGUGCGUCUGCAGCAGUUCUUCACCCCAGACAAAUCCACCGUCACAAGCUUGACUUACAUGAAACACUGCUUGUAUGUCGGCCUGGUCAGCGGCUCUGUGGCCAUCUACUCCAGAUCACAAGAUGGACUGUGGAACAGCGAUAAGCCCAAAGUAGUGAAGCUCGGAGUCCUGCCGAUCAAGGCCCUGCUGGCUGUGGAAGAGCACCUCUGGGCUUCAUCGGGUGGGCAGGUCUUCAUCAUUAGUACCCACACACACAAUGUGGAGAUGCAGCUGGAGGCCCAUAAUGAGGAAGGUAUGGUGGUGUCCAACAUGGUGGUGGCAGGGGUGGGCAUCUGGAUUGCCUUCAGCUCCAGUUCCACUUUGCGUCUCUUCCACACUGAGACCAUGGAGCACCUGCAAGACAUCAACAUUGCAACACCUGUUCACAACAUGCUGCCCGGUAGCCAAAGAGUGUCAGUGAGCAGUUUGUUGGUUUGCCAUGGUAUGCUGCUCGUUGGAACCAAUCUGGGUGUGACCGUGGCACUCUCGGUCCCUAGACUACAGGGAAUCCCCAAGGUCACAGGUCGGGGCAUGGUGUCCUUGCAUGCUCACAACGGACCUGUCAAGUUCCUCACUGUGGCCGCAGCGGUCUGUAACGGCCCCACGGGCUCCAUGUCCCCCGCCUCCUCAGCCUCAGCCCAGGUAACUGCGCCAGACGACGGAGGGGCCGCAGAGUCAGCUUCGACCCUGCCUCAGGGCCAAGGCGUCUGGCUGGGAGAUGCAGGCUGCACUACCAUGGCUCUCCAGGACUCCCUGUCCUCUUCGUCUUGCGCUUCUUUGGCGCAAUCCCAAAGCUCCUUGGAGCACGGGCCCGAGGACGGAGCCCUUUAUGACGUCCUCCAUGAUCCCACCCACCAUAGGAGGGGACGGCGGGCCAGCAAAGUGGACGUCAGCUCUUUGCUGGUGGUGUCUGGAGGCUUGGGCCACCGCAGGCUGAACAAAAAGACCAAACAGUCCCGCCAUGAGGACAGCACCUCUACUAUCCUCAUCUGGCAAAUCCCCCUGCUUAACAUGUGACAUAGCAGUAAGCUUUUUCACUGACUUGUUCUACUUAUUUCAACAAACUAAAUGUCUUAUUUAAACAUUUUCACUCCACUACAGUAUUCCUGAUGAUGAAAAGGAACAUCAUCACUCGUUUGCCAGAACAGACAUAUCUUUAUUUGUGUGAGCAAAAACAAACUAGCUGAUACAUCACAUGAUCCUCCAGUGUUGCGGACAAGACCACCGUUUUUUUCUAAGCUUAUUUUUCUACCUGAGGCCUGUGAAAUAGCGAGGAGGUUGUUACGUAAAAGGUUUGAGAAAAUCUGUCAAGACUUGUUGAGGUGUAAAUGUGGAGCUGACUCAGGAUUAUGUGUAAGAUUUUUAUACAAAAGGUUUUUUUUGUGAAAUAUAAAAUAAAUAUAUAAUUUCAAGGACUGACUGCUCUGAGCUGCUCCAGUGCAAAGAAAGGGUAUUAAAAAAGGAGAAAUCAUGUUGACUGAAUGACGUAAGAAGGGAUGAUUAGAUCCCUGGCUGGCCGGGGUUCCAACACACCAGUUGGAAAGUUUUUGUUCAAAUCUAAACUUAGUUUUCUUUCUCACUUAAGCAUAUUUAAAACAAAUGUUGCCACACUUGUGUAUGUAUAUUUUUCUUUUAUGUUCUUUAACAAGUCUACAAACAUUGUUUUAUUUAGACACUUUGUCAUAAUUUAAUUUGUAUUGUAACCUAGAAAGUAUAUGUAACAUUGUGCAAACCUCACUGUAUCGAGUAAACACAUUAUUGAUAAAAAGGCAAUAGUAGCAAGAUGAGGAGUAUAGAAUACAACAAUGCACUGUGGUUGUUUUACUGCAGUGCUUGUUGAGACCGGCAGUGCCUAAAGGUAGGUGAGCUCAGCCCAAUGCCGCUCAUGUCUUCCACUGCCGAGCAAAGAGGGCUAAGCCAUUUUCUCACUUGAAACGCCUACGUCAACUGUUGUGUAACCCUUUUCACUAUUCACACAGCUGAUACUACAUCUUACUACUCCUCGGUUAUGUCUGUUUCAUACAAUAAUAUAUUUCUACUCCUUUUAUUGACUCCUGUUUUAAUAUUGUUUGGGGCAUCGCUCACACUUGAAGACAGCGAUGCAGCUCGAGGCUCUUUGCUUUCCCCACUGACCCUGAGGUUGCCAUGGAGAUGCUCAUUUUGUGUGCAUGCAUCAGUCCUCAACCGCUCUUUGUUCUCAGAAUAUCUCACGUUCAUACCUCCCCGUUUGAAUCCCUCCCUCUAACCUCACAGGCCUGACGGUUGUGCAUUGUCCUUGCCGAGGCUCCCAUAUUUAUAACACUUCAUCAGCAGAGGAGAGAGUCAGGAACUUAUAGAAUUGUGUUUGUUUUAGAUCUACAUCACCAUUAAUUUGCAGUACUGCAUCUAAGUUUGACUGAGGGGUUACACCAGUUAUUUUCAACUGGGGGGCCAGUGACACCAUUCCAGCCACCAAGUUCAGUUCAAAACUUGUUUUCAGAAAAUUCCUAAAAACGUUAGAGUGCUCCUGUUGUAUAGAGGAACUUGAACGACUAUAAACAUAUUGGCAGAUCCUUGUAUUAAUGUUUUAACUUUGGUAGUAAACAGAACACUGGGGUCCAAACUUUUGAUUUACAUAACUGAGGCGUUCCUCACGGCACCCCUUUAAGUUCUCUCCUUUGUGUCAGUUACAAUUUUUUUUGUCUUGUGAUUUAUGUAACAAAGGUGUUGCUGUAGGGUUUACUUGCAGUCAGUAAUCAUUUGUUCAACGUCUUUAGUUUUACUAGUGGUGUCCCCCAAGGUUCCAUUUUAGAUUCCUUCAUUUUUAUAGGCCCACUUUGGUGGCCCGCAAGUUCAGUUAAAAAAAAACUUGUGAGAGAUUCACAUUUUUGCAGCAGAUUCUUAAAAACACCCCCGUCUCCAUCGUGGACUCCUUCUGUGUCUUGGGCACCACCAUCACCCAGGACCUCAAGUGGGAGCCGACCAUCAGCUCCCCCAUCAAGAAGGCUCAGCAGAGCAUGUACUUCCUGUGGCAGCUGAGGAAACUUAAGGUGCCGACCGAGAUGCUGGUGCAGUUCUACUCAGCCCUCAUCGAGUCCAUCCUCACCUCCUCCAUCACCGUGUGGUUCGACAAGCAUCGACUGUAGCGCAUGGUACGUGCUGCUGAGAAGGUUAUUGGCUGCAUCCUCCCAUCGCUCCAGGACUUGUUCUCCUCCAGGACCAGGAGGCGUGUGUGUGGGAUCACAGUUGACUCUUUUCACCCUGGACACAAACUAUUCUGCCCUCUUCCCUCAGGCAGGAGACUACGGUCCAUCCAGACCCACACCUCCUGCCACCUGAACAGUUGUUUCCCCUCGGCCAUCAGACACAUGAACAAUAACAAGAUCUGAUAGUUCAGUUACAGCUCAUUGUAUUACCUAUUUUGUGUUAUAUGUGUUUUAUGUUGCACGGUUGUACCAAGUAAAAUUCCUACUUUGUGAACCCGUUCUAUAACAAUGACAAUAAAAACUAUUUUGAUUAUGA